AAAAAAACAGAAAGAAAAAAACGUGUAAACGGUGGCUGCCGGUGUAUUGAACAGAGAGAGAGAGAGAGAGAGGGGAUGCAUCUGAAAAAGGCCUUAUGGAGCUCCGGCUUAAAGGACAAUUCAAGUGAAGGAGAUCCACAGGCACAAGCGUCGGUCACGGCAGUCGAGGAGUUAGUUAACUCAUUGAAUAGACAAAGAUUGUACCGAGAGGUCACUCUCGCUCUUCGAACAAGCCUCAAAGAUGCUCGCGCCGAAUUCUCCUUCCUCCGCCUCCGUGGCCUCCGCUUUCUGCUUAACUUCCUCAGAUCCGUUGCACAGUCCGACGCCACUAUCAACCUCUUUUGCCAAACACAAUCUAUACCGGAACUUCAAGUGGUUCCUGUUCUGUUUCGGCAUUCUCUCAAGGAAACAGAGGAUGACAAAGUGGACAGUUUGGAUCAUAUAUUUGGAGUCGAGCCUUUGAAGAUUACUGGUCCUUCAACAGGUGCAGAGGUUGCGCUUGCGCUUCGUGUUUUGGAAGGUUGUUGUCUUCUCCACAGAGAAAGCACGAUUUUGGCCCAUCAACAUAAGGCUAUUGAGGUUUUGUUGCAUAUAUUGUCUACUAGAGGUGCGGCAGAGCAAGGUGCCUGUUUAGAUGCUCUAAUCUCAAUAAUGCUAGAUUCAUCAUCCAAUCAAAUGGAUUUUGAGGUUUGUAAUGGCAUUGAGGAAGUAACAGUGCUUAUCAGGGACAAGCAAGUGGAUGAAAAUCUCAGGUUGAAAUGUGGGGAGUUCUUGCUGCUACUCAUCGGUCAUGUUAAUGGUAGGGAAGCACCUCCGAUGCUUACCAUACAUGAAGACAUCAGGCGACUUCUUGGUGAGAAAUCGGCCUCCUUGAUAUGGGCAGCCAGUCAAUUUGGCUCAACCCUUGACCCUGAACAAAGACUGACUGCACUACAUAUCCAAGCUCGCAGAGUGCUCGAGUCACUGGAUCUGUACUAAUUUGAAAGAUAAAAUACUUGUUUUGAAUUUGUUGCUCUCUUUUAUCAACUGUAAUUGCUGACUAGGAAAUGCAAAUACCUACUGUAGAUAGUAUCAAUUCUAACUCCCGAAUUGCCUACUAAUUGUCAUGCUGCGUUCAACCUUCAAGCUUUCAUAGCCCUGAAAAAUUCUUCUAGCCCCAUUGUAAAAUCAUGGCAUCACUCACUGAUUAUGUAUUACGUUGUGUGUUUCUCUGUAAUGGUUCCAAUUUCAUCGGAUGUCACCUAAGGCA